CUGUUGGGGUGCAGUGAGGCGAGGCCCUGCAGUACUCUCUUCUUCUUUCUUCUCUGCUGUACUUCUUGACCACAUCUGCCAGCACAAUGCCAGGAAUGGUUAUAAAGAACAUGUCCUUCAAGGUCGGACAGACUCUGACCCUUGUUGGAAUCCCUAAGCCUGAUGCUACAAACUUUGCUAUAAAUAUCGGCCCCGAUGAGAAGGACAUUACAUUUCAUAUCAACCCUCGUUUUAACGCCCAUGGAGAUGAGAACACAGUUGUCUGUAACUCUUUCCAAGGAGGCAACUGGUGUGAGGAGUACCGUGAAGGAGGCUUUCCUUUCCAACUGGGAGAGGAGUUCAAGAUCACCAUCGCAUUCACCCCUUCAGGGUUCCAGGUGAAUUUAUCAGAUGGCUCUACAAUCAAUUUCCCCAACCGUAUGGGUGCAGAGAAGUACUCAUUCAUCAGCUUUGAUGGGGAAGUACGUGUCGUGAGCUUUGAAAUCAAGUAAACCUCUAUCCUCCCAGGAAUCACUGGAUUGGAAUUCCUUUUCUUUUUUUAAUUUGCCUGGCGUCAGGUCAUAUAUUGUCGCAACUUUAAAUUUCUGGUAUCAGUAGUGCCUUACAAAUGCUUAUCACACAACAUAUUGUACAGAUUCAAACUACAGAGAAGAAUACAGAUGAGAUAGAGACAUACAUAGUUGUAAUGCUCAGUUGGACACAGAGAAAUACAUAACUGCAUUGUCCUUCUUGCACACCUGAUAGAAAAGCAAACCAAAGUAGCCAAAAGCUCAUGUUAUCUGAGUGUUAUUUGUUGUGCAGUUUCCAAUGUAAAGCUGAAAAGAACAUAAAAUGUGAUUGUCAUUGAAGGUGCCUUGAAAAUGCAUCAUGCUUUUAGCCUUUCUCCCACACAUUCCAGAUUUGUUACUGACUACAGUGCUUGCCUCUAAUAACAUGCAUUAAAGCAGGAUAAAACAUGGA